GGUUCACGUUUCUAUGAAAAAGACAAAAGUUGUUAUUUUCGAGCGCCUCAACCGGAAUUCCGUUCUACUAUGUCCCCAAAAGCACUCCUGAAAUUUUGAGCCGAUUUGGUUGGAUUUAGUAGUUCCACCAUCGAUCUAAAGUUUGUGUGGUUUUUGAGAAAAUUACUGUGGAAAAUGAGCAAUUUCUAUAUCGUAACAGAAAAAAAUGCACAUUUUUUUUUCAAAUGGCUUCAUUCUCGAGAUUCAUAUAGAUAUUGGUCUGGGGAAUAACUUUGUAGAACAUUGCGAAACGCUGCGAAUUAAUCCUAAAAAGAUACUAGUACCUUUAGAUAACCCAUUUUGGAGGGGCUUCAUGGUGUGGGUUAAAACGGGCCCUUUCUCGUUUGUUGCUUUUUCAUCGAUGGUGCUUUGACUUCUUUAAUCAAUGUUUAUGAAAGUUAUUUUUAGAACCAAUGCGAAAUUUUAUUUCAAAACAACCAACGAUUGGUUUGGCCUGCGGUGUUCAUUCUUUUCGAAGCGGUGUUGUUCCAGGUCGUCAGAAUGUUCACGAGACGGUGUGGCCACCGGGGAUGUUCCAGGUCGUUAGUUCUCAGGACGAUGUGGCCUCCGAGGUUGACGGAAAGCUUAAAAGACGGUUUGGCCACCGGUGUUGUUGUAGGUCUUUAAAAAGUGUUGUUCCAGGUCGUCAGAAUGUUCACGAGACGGUGUGGCCACCGGGGAUGUUCCAGGUCGUUAGUUCUCAGGACGAUGUGGCCUCCGAGGUUGACGGAAAGCUUAAAAGACGGUUCGGCCACCGGUGUUGUUGUAGGUCUUUAAAAAGUGUUGUUCCAGGUCGUCAGAAUGUUCACGAGACGGUGUGGCCACCGGGGAUGUUCCAGGUCGUUAGUUCUCAGGACGAUGUGGCCUCCGAGGUUGACGGAAAGCAUAAAAGACGGUUCGGCCAAUGUUGAUUUUCUAAGUCGUCGAAAUGUUCUUAAGACGAUGUGGCCACCGGUGAUGUUUCUGGUAUUGUUGUUUCUUAUAGUUAAUAGGACGGUUUGAUGUUGUAGGUUAGUUAAGGGACUAUAUGGUCACGGAAUUUUGUAUAAAUCUUUGGACUGUGUGGCCAUCGGUGCUGUUACAUGUCUGUAGUUCAUGGGACCAUAAGAAAAAGUCUGCUGAAAAGUGUUCCUCCGUUGCACAGCAACCUAAUUGUUGUAACGUAGUAACUUGGAAUUGUUUGGAAUUGAUUUCAUUUCAAAAUUCCAUCGUCCUCUGUCCAGUAUAGAAGUAAAAUGGUCAAGACACGCAAGGAGGCGUCCGUUUCGCUGGUCGGAACUACCGACCCGGAAUCGUUGGUUCAACAGGUUAAGCUGCCGACGGUGGGGUGCGUUAUGAAAAGAUUUUUUUUUUUGUUAAGCUCGUUGAACUCCGUGGUGUUUGCUAUAAAUAAAACGACGUCCGAGCUUCUACAAGUAUGGCAAAAAACCACUAUUAUUUGCCAGAUGCACAAGAACGUGGCCAGGACCAUACGGAAUCUGCUUGCAGAGCUAAAAAUGGCGCAAAAAGACUCUUAUCGCGACACCGAAAGGAAGAGGAAGUGGAGAAUAAGGAUGGAUCAAUUGCUGGAUGUAUCCCUGAAAAAAGUUAUCAUUGAAGACCCGAAAGUUGCAGAAUUUUUAGAAGAUCAGAGAAAGGAGCGAAAUUUUUCUUUAUCAAGUAUUAACGAGCCACAGCUGUACAAGAGAACUAAGAACGAACAUAAGCACGCAGAAGAAGAAGAAGAACAAGAAGCUACAGAUGUUGAACAUGAUUUCAAGCCACCACCACCAAAAAAGAUCAAAAAAAUGCAACAAAGAAAGAGCGAACCAUCCAAACCGGAAAUUAUAACGGAGGACGUUGCUGAAGCUUUGGAUCGAGCAAAACUUUCCGAUAGACAGGCAUUAAAGAUCAUUUUACCGGUUAUGGACGCUAUGGGCCAAGAUCCUGCCGACGUACCAAUUUCAAGAUCAACAAUUAGCCGGAAGCGGAAACAUGCGCGAAAAGCCAUCGCCCAAAAAAUUCGAAAGGAGUUUAUUCCGGCUGACCCGAUGGUAGUCCAUUUUGACGGGAAAUUGUUGGAAAAUCCGAACGGGUCCGGAAAAGUUGAGCGAUUACCGACACUAGUGUCUUGGGACGGAUCCGAGAAAUUACUCGGCACUCCAGCACUCGUCAAAGGCACAGGCGAAGAAGGAGGCAAAUCAGUUUACGGAUUGCUGCGUAAGUGGAAGUGCGAUAAAUUUAUCCAAGGAUUGUGUUUUGAUACAACUAGUGUAAACACAGGACGAACUAACGGAGUAUGUGCCAAUCUUGAAAAAUUGCUAGGACGAGAGCUACUCUGGCUAGCUUGUCGGCAUCAUGUGUUAGAAUUGCUGCUAUCUAAGGCCUUUUGCAUCUGUUUUGGACCCACAACAUCGCCGGAAACUAACCUUUUCAAGGUAUUCAAAGAAAACUGGCCUCUGUUUAAGAAGAAUUCACCGAAACCUAUGCGAAUCAAAAAACAUCAUCAAACUUUUCGAGAUUCCACGGUGCGAACUCUUAAGUCCAUCCGAGAAUGGCCGAGGGAUGAUUAUCGCGAGUUGUUUGAUCUAACUUUGUUUGCUUUGGGGGAAAAGCCGCACGAUUUUUCUUGGAAAGCGCCGGGAGCGGUGCACCACGCGCGAUGGAUGAGCAAAUUGAUUUAUGCCACAAAAAUAUUCUUGCUUCGAAAAGAAGGACAUUUGAUUGGACUAAAGAAAGAAGAUGAGAAAAAAAUCGAGCGGUUUGUUCUGUUUGGUUCGCUCAUCUACACAGCAGCUUGGGCAGAAGCACCACUGGCGACGGAAGCAGCCAUCAACGAUCUGAUGCUGUGGAAGAACCUUCAGUUAUUCAAAAAGACUGAUUCCGAAAUCGGUGACGCCGUAAGCAAGGUACUUGAAAGACACCUCUGGUACUUAUCGGAGGAUCUGCUCGGCAUGUCUCUGUUUUCUGUAAAGGUAAUUUAAUUUAAAAAUAAAUACAACAUAAAAAAUAUGUUAUUAAUCAAAUAUUAUAUAGCUCUCACAUCGCGAAAAAGACGAAAUUGUCAGGGCCAUGAAGGCGAAAACCGCCAGCGCCGAACGAUCUGUAACCGGCAACAAAAGUGUUAUAAACACCAAGAACCCAUCUUUGGCCGACUUUGCAACCCAGAGAUCUUUGUUGUUUUUUACCAAGAUGGAGAUAGAAGCAUCAUUUAUGGAAAGCCCAUCAGCGACAUGGCAGCAAAAUUUGAACUUCCAGAAUGGCGAAAAACGUGUGAAACAACUGAUGAUCGUUAAUGACCUGGCUGAGAGGGGCGUCAAAUUGUGUGAAGAAUACUGCAAAAUUUUAACCAAAGAUGACGAAGAGAGAGAGUUCAUUAUGCAAGUUGUUGAGAAAAAUCGAAAGUCCAUCAGCACAGAUUGCACAAAAAAGGAACUCAUGCUUGCAUUGAAGAGUGCAUGAUUUAUUACCUAAUCUUUAAUUGUUGACCUGUUAAUUGUUGAAGUUUGCGUUCAGUUAUUGAAUUAAAUCAUUAAAAAUGUUACGAAAAUAAUCAAAACAACACAAAAAAAAGUCUUUACUUCUACAAUGAUAAUAGUCCUAAACUCUAUCCGAAAGUCUUGAUCUCAUCUACACCCUCCCAGAGCAUUUCAACCGGUGGUCCUAUCGUCCCAUGCACUAACACACUUGACACAACACAAAACCGUUCCAUAAACAUUCCGACGACCUAGAGUAACUCCGGUGACGGUCCUGAGAACUAACGACCUGGAACAUCCCCGGUGGCCACACCGUCUCGUGAACAUUCUGACGACCUGGAACAACACUUUUUAAAGACCUACAACAACACCGGUGGCCGAACCGUCUUUUAAGCUUUCCGUCAACCUCGGAGGCCACAUCGUCCUGAGAACUAACGACCUGGAACAUCCCCGGUGGCCACACCGUCUCGUGAACAUUCUGACGACCUGGAACAACACUUUUUAAAGACCUACAACAACACCGGUGGCCGAACCGUCUUUUAAGCUUUCCGUCAACCUCGGAGGCCACAUCGUCCUGAGAACUAACGACCUGGAACAUCCCCGGUGGCCACACCGUCUCGUGAACAUUCUGACGACCUGAAACAACACUUUUUAAAGACCUACAACAACACCGGUGGCCGAACCGUCUUUUAAGCUUUCCGUCAACCUCGGAGGCCACAUCGUCCUGAGAACUAACGACCUGGAACAUCCCCGGUGGCCACACCGUCUCGUGAACAUUCUGACGACCUGGAACAACACCGCUUCGAAAAGGAUGAACACCGCAGGCCAAACCAAUCGUUGGUUGUUUUGAAAUAAAAUUUCGCAUUGGUUCUAAAAAUAACUUUCAUAAACAUUGAUUAAAGAAGUCAAAGCACCAUCGAUGAAAAAGCAACAAACGAGAAAGGGCCCGUUUUAACCCACACCAUGAAGCCCCUCCAAAAUGGGUUAUCUAAAGGUACUAGUAUCUUUUUAGGAUUAAUUCGCAGCGUUUCGCAAUGUUCUACAAAGUUAUUCCCCAGACCAAUAUCUAUAUGAAUCUCGAGAAUGAAGCCAUUUGAAAAAAAAAUGUGCAUUUUUUUCUGUUACGAUAUAGAAAUUGCUCAUUUUCCACAGUAAUUUUCUCAAAAACCACACAAACUUUAGAUCGAUGGUGGAACUACUAAAUCCAACCAAAUCGGCUCAAAAUUUCAGGAGUGCUUUUGGGGACAUAGUAGAACGGAAUUCCGGUUGAGGCGCUCGAAAAUAACAACUUUUGUCUUUUUCAUAGAAACGUGAACCAC